UUCCUUCUUCCUCUUCCUCCGCCUCCAUCAUCGCCGGCUCUCCUCUCGGCGAUACCUACUACGCCGUUACAGUAAGACUGUAAGAUACCCUUUUGUUUUCUCCUUCUAUUUUCCCGAUUAUUAUUUUUGGCGCUACUUGUAGCCGGAGAAUCAACGUCGGUACUUCCAUCAAGGCUGCUCUUUGCUCUACUGCUGAAUCUUCUAGAAAGUUUUUGAAUUUUGGGGUUUCUUUCUCCAGUAAACAGUUGGCUUCUUCUGAUGCUUUUGCGUUGACUUGAGGAUUUUGAGCCGCCGAUUACUUGUCGUCGGUUUUGUGGUCGACGGCCGCCAUGUCGGGACCUCUUGAUCGCUUCGCAAGGCCUUGUUUUGAGGGCUUCUCUGGGAAUGAUGAGAGAAGGGAAAGAAAAUCUGAUUUUGAGAACUCAGAAGAUGAGAGGAGGACAAGAAUUGGUUCCCUGAAAAAGAAAGCACUGAGUGCUUCAACAAAAUUUAAACACUCUCUCAAGAAGAAAAACAGUCGAAGAAAAAGCAUUGGGCGAAUCAGCUCUGUAUCCAUUGAGGAUAUUCGCGAUGCAGAGGAGCUGCAGGCAGUAGAUGCAUUUAGGCAAGAGCUAAUCUUGGACGAAUUGUUACCGGAGCAGCAUGAUGAUUAUUACAUGAUGUUGAGGUUUUUGAAAGCGAGGAAAUUUGACAUUGAGAAAGCAAAGAACAUGUGGGCUGAUAUGCUUCAAUGGAGGAAGGAAUUCGGUGUUGAAACAACGCUAAAGGAGUUUGAGUUCAACGAAGUGAGUGAAGUUUUGAAAUAUUAUCCCCAUGGCUACCAUGGUGUUGAUAAGGAGGGAAGGCCUGUAUAUAUUGAAAGGUUAGGGAAAGUUGAUCCUAACAAACUAAUGCAAGUCACAACCAUGGAACGUUUCAUAAAAUACCAUGUUAAGGAGUUUGAGAAAUGCUUUUCUACUAAGUUCCCAGCUUGUACAAUUGCUGCAAAGAGGCAUAUUGACUCGAGCACAACGAUUUUGGAUGUUCAAGGAGUGGGUUUGAAAAACUUCACUAAAAGUGCACGAGAGCUCAUCAUGCAGCUCCAGAAGAUCGACUCUGAUAAUUUCCCUGAAACACUCCAUCAGAUGUUUAUCAUCAAUGCUGGUCCCGGAUUUAAGAUUCUGUGGAAUACAGUAAAGAGCUUUCUAGAUCCCAAGACCACUUCCAAGAUACAUGUUCUGGGGAACAAGUACCAGAACAAGUUGCUUGAAGUAAUAGAUGCCAGUGAAUUGCCAGAGUUUCUUGGCGGGACAUGUUCGUGUGCAGGUCAAGGAGGGUGCCUUUUUUCUGAUAAAGGGCCAUGGAAAAUCCCAGAGAUAUUGAAGAUGGUUGGUGAAGCAAGUCGUUGCAGGCAGGUUGUUAAAGUUCUAAAUAAUGAAGGAAAGGUAGUCUAUGUCAAGCCUCGCUACCCAAUGGUAAAAGUCAGUGACACAUCCGCUGGAGAAUCUGGAUCUGAAGCCGAAGAUAUUGCUUCACCAAAGGCUGCAAGGAGCUAUUCACAUCUUCAACUGACUCCUGUUCGUGAAGAGGCUAAGGGUAUUGGUGCAACAAGCUAUCCCAUCAACUUCUCAGGAUAUGAUGAAUAUGUUCCCAUGGUUGAUAAGGCUGUCGAUUCUGGAUGGAAAAAGCAAACGGAAUCUGAAAAGCCCUGUGUUCCUACAGUGAUCCUUCCACCACCCGACUCUCAAAAGACUACUGAAGGACUUCAUGCCCGCUUUCUAGGAGCUCUAAUGGCUUUCUUCUUCACUUUCUUCAUACUUUUGCGUUCGGUGGCUUCCAGUGUAACCAAGAAGCUUCCAAUUGCAUCCUCUAAUCAAAGCAAACUUUGUGAAUUUUCUUCUGAAUCAAUUCCAAAGGAAGAGUUUAGGCCCCCUUCACCAACGCCAGCACCUUCAGAAGCCGAGCUUCUCUCAACUGUACUCGGGAAAUUACAUGAACUUGAAGAGAAAGUGAAUGUGCUUCAAGAAAAGCCAUCCAAGAUGCCCUAUGAAAAAGAGGAAUUACUAAAUGCUGCAGUUUGCCGAGUGGAUGGCCUUGAGGCCGAGUUAAUUGCAACCAAGAAGGCUCUGCACGAAGCUUUGAUGAGGCAAGAGGAACUUCUUGCAUACAUCGACAGACAAGAAGAUGCCAAGUUUCGGAAAAAGAAAUUCUGCCUGUAAGGUCUUCCUCCAACUCUUCCAUCAUGCAAGAACUGUUCUUGAUGAGAUUCUCUUUGGUGUGAUGCUCAUAUAUGUUUGUAAUUUUGUUGUGUUUGUUGCUUCCAUUCAUAUCUGUAAUGCAAGUUUGGUGUGUGGUGAUCAUGCAACAAUGUUAACCUUAUAUGUGCAGACAACAUUCCAACUUUAAACAAAAUACUAUACAUACAUAUUACUCCGUAUCUUAUGAAAAAUGUCAAGGGUCGUGAUGUUGUAAAA